AUUCUACAAAAACCCCACCGCACAUUACAAUUCCCUCCUGUAAAGCUCCUUGUAAGUUUUAACACGCUUGCAAUUAAAAAAAACAGCAAAAACAGACUCAAACUCAGAUUGCCAUAUUCCAUUUCCAGUUCUUUUCGUUUUAUUAGUAAAUAUUUUCAUUAAUCACAACAGAGCCCAACAACCAAAGCACCUUAAAAAAUUCCCAAACACUUUCUUCGUUUCUCUCCUUUUCUUUUCUUUCUCAUUCUCUAGUAAUUAUCCAAAUACCAGUUAAAUAAAAAUUAAUUAUAAGGUCGUGUAGUUGUUGUAUGGCAGCAAAUGCUUACCAAAACCACAAGGACGUCAUCGUUUUCGUUGAUCAUCGUCCUCUAAACCCGUCAUUUCGUGUAAUAAAACCCUAGUUUUCACUGUCACGUUCUGUCUCCUUACAAUCUACCACCGCCACCAGCUGCGCUGCGUUUGAGUUACUUAUUUUUUAUUCAUAUGGAGGAGGAACGAUCCCUUUCGCUUCUUAAGUUUAUGGCUAAUGAAGGACUGGUGCCUUCUCCUCGAGAAGAAGAGAAAAGGAAGAAUGUUAUUUUAAAUCUAAAGCAGAUAGUGGUGGCAUGGGCCAAAAAGGUUGCUUGGCAACGUAGACUCCCUAGACUACAGAUUGCAUCUACCAAUGCUACAAUAUUGACAUAUGGAUCUUAUGGCCUCGGUGUUAGUCUUUUGUCAUACAAAACUCAUGGUUGCUUUGUUAUGGAAUUCUCAGCAUUUAAAUUGAUGUUUGUUCUCUUGAUGAAGGUUUAUGGUCCAGAGUCUGAUAUUGAUGCAAUAUGUGUUGGUCCUUUCUUUGCUACAUUGGCUGAGGAUUUUUUCAUUGUUUUGAGAAACAUGCUCAAAAAUAGACCAGAAGUGUCGGAUAUUCAUUGCGUGAAGGAUGCAAAAGUUCCUUUAAUGCGGUUUAAGUUUGAUGGCAUCUCAAUUGAUCUUCCAUAUGCUCAGCUUAAAGUAUUAGCUGUUCCUGAUAAUGUGGACAUGCUUAAUCCAUUCUUCCUAAUGAAUAUUGAUGAAACCAGUUGGAAGAGCUUAUCUGGUGUACGUGCAAAUCAACGGAUUCUUCAGUUUGUUCCUAACCUGGAGAAUUUUCAGUCAAUGUUGCGGUGCAUUAAACUAUGGGCAAGAAGGCGAGGAGUGUGUGGUAAUCUCAAUGGUUUUCUGGGAGGAGUUCAUUUGGCAAUUCUAUCAGCUGUUGUUUGUCAAAAAUAUCCAAAUGCCAGUGUCAGUGCUCUAAUAUCAAACUUCUUUACUACGUAUGCCACCUGGCCUUGGCCUACACCUGUAAUGUUGCAAGAUGGAAUGUCAUCACCAGCUGAAGAUUUUAUUGAGACACGUUCUUUCAUGCCCAUUCGUUUGCCAUGUAGUCCACAUGAGUAUUGUCAUUCCAAUAUCACUAAAAGCACAUACUACAGGAUCAGAACAGAGUUUCUCAGAGGGCAUUCCUUGACUAAGGAUCUUUUAAAGCCAGAUUUUGACUGGAAUGGGAUUUUUGAGCCUUUUCCUUAUUCAAAGAAGUAUACCCGAUUUGUCAAGAUCUACCUAUCAGCUCCUGAUCAAGAUGAGGUAGGAGACUGGGUGGGUUGGGUGAAGUCACGCUUCCGUGCUCUACUUCUUAAGCUUGAAGGAUUGCAGGGCCAAUGUGACCCCAGUCCCGUGGAAUAUGCUGACAGAGAUGUAUCAGAGCCAAAUGUUGUAUUCUACUGGGGUUUAAACCCAAGUAGGAGUAAUUAUAUUGAUUUAGAAUCUGUUGAGGAGGAUUUCUUGAGGAAUAUAUAUAGCGGAUACCAUGGAACUCGUAGAAAGUUGGAAUUAUCAAUCGUGAAAGCUGCUGAACUGCCUAAGAAUGCUCAGUUCAAUAGUGGAAAUGGUAAGAAAAUGAAAGCAUAUUGGAAGGUUGUUGACAAAGAGCAAAGGACCCCAGCAUACUCACAACAUCUGCCAGGCUACUUUGUAGGGUAUUUGGCAACUAAUGGAGACACCGAGUGCCCGAGUUGUGGGGGUUAAAUUUUUGAAAACUGUUUUCUCUGUUCUGGUGCUAACGGCUAAUAUUUUUGUUUUUGCUGUUCUGCCAUUGAAACUUUUGAGUUUCUUGGCUGCACAGUUUGCGAUGGCGAUUAUAGAAUUCACGACAACUGUGGAUAAGAUGAGAUGCCUUUUUGAUAUGACGCCAAACCAGUAAAAAGUCAGGACAACUAACAGAAUCCACUUUUGUAAAUUUAAUGUCCAUAUUAGAUUUUAUGCAUUCCCAA